AUGGAUGUAAACGUGGACUCUCUGGCCACCGAACUCGGAGAAGAACUCAUUAACCAGAUUCUUGCCGAUGCACCCAUCCAAGACAUCUUGAAGUUGUUGGACUCUGGAGCGCCGAUCUGGUAUCAGAACUCGGCAGAAGGGAUCUCGCCUCUCCAUGCCGCUGCCUACAUACAGAACCUUGAUCUUGUCAAAAUGCUGAUUGACAAGGGGGCAGUGUGGAACGCUGUGAACUACCUGAAACACACUGCUGGAGAUAUCGCGCUAUCAUUCAACAACGAGUCAAUUUAUACCGUCAUUAGAGAUGCAGGCAUUCGUUCAGAACUUGUUCUCGGGCUUCUUGAAAGGCAACCAGAGGCGAAUCUAUCUUCACUCAUUCUUCGUGCGACCGACUCUACUGCUUCUGGGUCAUCCCAUACAUUUCUCGUAUCGAAGCUCAAGUACAGCGUUAAUGAGAACGGCGAACACGUAUGUUCGGUCGAUGUGGACGGAGAAGAAGUCGGAGUGAUGAUGGGAUGGGAAACAGACAUCAUGCGCCAGACUGUUGAAAAGCUCUGUCAAGGCCAUUCCAAGUCUAACGAUCUGAAAGUCCUGAACAUUGGAUUUGGACUGGGAAUUAUUGAUACCUUUUUCCAAGAGCUCCCGAAUCCGCCUACUGAACACGUCAUAAUUGAGCCUCACCCAGACGUCCUCAACUUCAUGCAAGAACAGGGCUGGUACGAAAGGAACGGUGUCAAAAUUCUGGAAGGCCGGUGGCAAGACUUUAUCGAAAGUGACGACUUGACGAAGAACGGAGGUUUCAAUGUUGUCUAUACGGACACCUUUUCAGAGGACUAUAGCGACCUAAGAAAGUUUUUUGACUGCUUGCCAGACAUCCUAGCGGAUAGCAACUCGCGGUUUGGCUUUUUCAACGGGCUAGGCGCCACAAACGCAUUUUUCUACGAUAUCUACACGCGAAUAUCGGAGCUCCAUCUUCUGGGCGUAGGAAUGGAUGUUCGAUGGAGUGACGUCGAUGUUGGAUUUGACGCGGACGAGGGUCGUUGGGGAAAGAGUCGCGAAUACUUCUCACAGCCCUUCUAUCGCUUACCUAUCGGAAAAAUGAAGGCGUCCUAG